UCCAAGCCAGGUUUGACCUGGGACAGCCCCAUUUCCACCGUGGCACCAAUCCUGGUUAUACCCGGAUCGGCGCUGUUCACAUGGCACACGGGUGCAGUGCCGGUGCUUGGAGAUGACGACCAGGGUUACCAGUUCACACUGCAGCUCACACGGGUAAAACCCUGCUAGGUACCAAGGAAGGAUUCCCGAGUGACUGGACCGGGUUGGACCCUUUUCCACUGACCAAAAUCCCAGGUUGCUGUGCAGUAUCACAGGACACUUCACGUAUGAGGCACCACCAGAGGGCCGCCCAAAGAGGGAUGUCUGGUUCUUGGGAAUGGGCCCUAAGGAGAGCAAACAUCUCUCCCCCGCCAGAGACACUAUAAGAUCAGGGUCCCAAAUCAACGUCUCCACCCCUGGAAGCCGCACCCACCCAAUCCCGCUGCAGUCGGCCAGCGCAAGACCCGCUGAGCCCAUCCCCGUGUGGCCGGAGAACAGCGCCCGCUGGCAGAGGCCGUACGACGUGUACAUCUGCCACAGCAAGGAAGAAGCAGAUACCGCCUAUGCUAUAGAGAUGCUUUCGUACCUGGAGAAGCAACCAGAGAAGCUGCGAUGCUUCCUGCCUCUGCGGGACAUGGAAGUCGGCAGCCCCGUGUCGACGGAGAUGUGCCGGGGGGCAGAGAGCAGCCACUGCUGGGUGAUGCUGCUGACACCGCACUUCCUCACGGACAGCUGGUGUAAAUACCAGAUGCACCAGUUCCUGACGCAGGAUCCGUGCGCAGACGGGCGCCUCAUCCCAGUCGUCAUGGGCUUGCCGUUUUCACAGUACCCGUCGGAGAUGAGACACAUGUACGCCUUUAAAGGCACGCUCAGUGACCAGAGUGUGUUCGGUCAAAUUAAGAGAGCCAUACUGACAUAUCUGAAGAAGCUACUGACUGUUACAGCUGACCAAGUUCCUUCAGUGACAGCUAGUAGCAACAACUCAGAAAGAAGCGAAGGAAGCAGCCCAAUGAGGAGCUCUGGGACACAAGAGUCUACCAGUGACAUAUCGAUGAGGAGCUCUUCAACACAAGAGUCUACCAGUGACCUGGCCAUGAGAACCUCUGGGGCACAGGAGUCCACCACUGACCUGGCCCAGAGAAUUUCUGGGGCACAGGAGUCCACCGUUGACCUGGCCAUGAGAACCUCUGGGACACAGGAGUCCACCAGUGACAUAUCUAUGAGGAGCUCUACAACACAGGAAUCCACCACUGACCUGGCCACGAGAACCUCUGGGACACAGGAGUCCACCAGUGACAUAUCUAUGAGGAGCUCUACAACACAAGACUCCACCACUGACCUGGCCAUGAGAACCUCUGGGGCACAGGAGUCCACCGGUGACGUGGCUAUGAGGGGCUCUACAACACAGGAAUCCACCACUGACCUGGCCCAGAGAAAUUCUGGGGAACAGGAGUCCACCGUUGACCUGACCAGGAGAACCUCUGAAUCACAGCAGUCCACCAGUGACUUGUCCGUGGUUAGCUGUGGGACACAAGAGUCCAUCAGUAACAUGUCUGUGAGGAUCUCUACAACACCGGAGUCCAUGAGUGAUAUCUCGCAUGGUGCAGAGUUCCUCACCAGCUUCUCCAAAAAGGUGUCCUUGAACUCUGUAACACACAGCUCCAUCAUCAACCAGUCACUGAGUGACUAUGGGACACGUGAGUUCAGCACUAACAUGAACUGCAUGAAAAAUACAAAAAUAUGUGAAAAACGAGAUUCCAAGGUUACAGCUAAUGUACAAGAGAGACCCUGCAACACAGAGGUGUCCACUGCUUCACUGCAGGACAGAAACACUGACUUUCCACCAUCACUGACCUCCGGGAGUAAUAAAGAAUUAUGUCCAGGCUGCAGUGGGGUGCAAGGAGAGAGCAAGGACUCUUGUAGCAUCGGGAGUGGUAGAGACACCAGUUGCAGUAGGAUGAUGUCAGUGACCAGGGACCACCAUGCACACUGGAGUGAUAUGUACACUAGUUGCACAGGUGUGCAAGCAGCAAGCCAGGACAUUUGUCAUUCUUAUAUUGAUUUAUACACAAGUUGUAGUAACAUGCAAGCAGUGAGUAAGGACACAUCGCGCAGCAGUGACUUAAAUCCGCACAGGAAUGAGAUGGUCAAUGACGCAGGGGAUAACUCAGUGUUACUUCCAGACCAGUGUUCCUAACCGCUGAAUGCAAUGCCCGCUGCGUGUAACUAACAAGGCCUGGUCAUAAGCCGCAAACUAGGGCAAGUCACAAAGUAACGGGGCUGGCUCCAGUGUUCUGGUGCAGAUACUUGUGCACAGGAAACAAGUGUUGGCUUUUAUUUGACUUCCCUGCACUAGAUAUAUAGUAGAAGUAGAUGGGUUGUCGUGGGUUACAGUAACAUUUUUCCUGUGCACCAGUUUCCAGAAACCGACAUGCUGACCAUCUCCUUCGCUAUGUGUAGGAGAGGGAUCUACUACCAAUAAGUGUUAAACUUUAUAAUAGCUGGCGCUUACUGUGCUACAGGCUGAGGCUUUAUACAUUAGGCCCUGUCUGUAAAAAUGUCCAUAUUUUUCAGUAUUGACGAAACGUUUUCUGCCUCUUGGGUGCAGUUCCAACCAUCUGUCCCUACUUUCUCAGCUGUGCAAGUUGAUAGCUAUUGCCACAGGUUAUUGAAAUGUCAACCACAUGUUAUAAUCAAAUAGCUGAACCUUGCCGUGAUAUUUAUUUACCGAGACCGUGUCACGCAGCGCACCGCUCGGAGCCCCAACCAGCCCUAAACUAGUUUUAUACCUCAGCAACUUUGGAGAAAGCAAAUCUAGUAAUAAAGAAUUAUUUGGGCGUUUCCUUUUUGUAA